GAUCGGACAUAAUUGUGUGGCGGACAGUGGUUCAGGGACGUAGACAUCUUUUGACAAUUUGAACAUUUUAACUUUCAUUAGUCAUGCCAUGAUGUCUGAGGUUGCAGUAGAAGAAAUAUCGGCUCUAACCGCUAUAUUCUGUGAGAAGGACGAGUUUGAGUUGCUCGGACAGUCAGAGACUGAAGGACUCACAUUCAGAAUUCAGCUUACAGUUGAUGGAUAUACAGAAAAGCUACUAUUGAAGCUCAUCUUUCAUCUACCCCUUGAUUACCCAUCUAGCCUGCCUGAUGUAUCUGUCAGUUCUGAACAGCUUACAAGAAAACAAUGCAUCGAUAUAAAGCUGGGUCUACUGAAAAAGGCAACAACACUUGUUUCCGAGCCCAUGGUCCAUGAACUGCUUCUUUGGCUACAACAGAACUUCACGACUGUUGCUGAGCAAUCAGUAAGAUACCAAAGCCCUCGGGGUGACUGUGAGCAGAGGAGUCAGGGUGAGACUAGGACAGCUCUGCUACAGGUAGAUCACAUGAGGGCAAAAACCAAAUAUAAAAAAAUCAUUGAAAAAUGGACUUCACAACUGGGACUCACCGGGAGACUGUUCAUAGGAAAGUUGAUAUUGAUUCUACUGCAGGGAGAAAGAAAAAGCAUAAAGGACUACCUUCUUCUGCAGAAGACCUCAAAGGUGGAUGUUGACUCAAAUGGAAAGAAAUGUAAAGAAAAAAUGAUGAGUGUUCUUUGUGAAAUGCAACUGCCAUGUGGAUGUAAACAGCUCCCAGCAUUUGAAGUUAAAGAUUAUUCAUCUCUAGAGGAACUAAAGACAGAAUUUGAAUUAGUUGGACUAUUAGAGCUGUACCACAAGUAUGUGCACAUGCUAGUUUAGUAAUUGUGCCUUUAUCAUCUGUCUGACCCUGGUCAAAAGUAAAUGUUCCUUUGGGAUAUUGCAAGAUACUUUCACAGACGCAAUCCCUCCAUUUGUGGUAAUGAGGUUCGUCAUCUCAGAUACUUUCUUAUCAAAAAAUAAAAAGACAUGGGAAUUGGUGAUAUAACAUUUGGAAUAAAGUUUUUUAAUGCUG